AUGAGCGCAUCCAAUUUUCUUACUGUUGUUCUUCUCGUGUUCUUGACGGCUAUCAGGGCAGAGCAGUUUUAUAAUGAGUCAAAGAUGUCAGUAGAGGUCAGUCCACGUGUAAAGGAGCUUGCAGACAGGGAACUUGCAACUAAUCCAAUCAUGCUUGAUGCAGCCAAGAAUGAGGUAUUUCCAGGAAAGGUUCUGACAGUAUUCUCGAGUCCACAUUUUAUAGGAAGCCCUCCUCCGGGUAUUACAAACUUCAUGCUUACACAGGUGCUCUUGUCAGCUCAAAAGAAGAAUGGAACAGUAUAUCCUUUGUUCACUAAAGAAGCAUUAAGAUUGGUGACUGAGGAUGGUGUUGUUCUACUUGACACGAAGUGUGAGGAUUCAAAAGGCAAGAAGAGUAACGAUUGUAAACCUGGAUAUAAACAGGUUGUAGUAAAGAAGACAUCAUCGUCAGGUUGCGAAGCACCAUCAGCCAAGACCCAGUCUGUGGUAGAAGAAAAAACAGUAACAGCAAAAGGUGAAACUAGUAGUAGUACAAUUUCUUAA